AUGGGAUGGUUGCAAAAAGGAUUGGAGGAUAUAGACGAAGCUCAUUCCGAAACUAGUGAAAUAAGAGGAGCAAAAAAGUUUAGGCAAGCUGGUAUCGAACCAUCUUUACGUAUGAAGUUCGACAGAAUGUUCUCGAACAUUAUUGCUACUGGAGAGUAUGUAUGGGCACCAUCGUCUGGAGUCCUCUGUGAUGAUAAUGUUGGUGUUGAUGAGGAUCCAAAUGCCAAUGAGGAACAACCUGAUUUGGAAGAAGGAAGUGGUGAUUCAGAAGAGGAUGAAAUUCUAAAUUUCACCGAUGAUGUUUGCAACAUGGUUAGAGAGGUUAAUAUGUCCAACAUUAGCAACACACGCAGCAGUGGGAAGAGAAAAGAAAGAGAACAUUCUGAGGUUCAAGAUGGGAAAAAAAAAAGAAGUUCUGGAAUUGGGUUGCAACUAUUGUCACGGUGGGAUCAAAUGGUUGACAGCAUGUCAAACAAUAGUGAUUCAACAUCUAUCAGUAGAGAUAGGAAAGGGUGUAGUAUUCCUGAGGUUAUGACCGAGCUUUACUCAAUUGAAGGAGUUCGUAUCGGUGAUGAUUUUCAUGGGUUUGCUACUGAGUUUUUAGGUUUGAGAAGGAAUAGAGAAAUGUGGUCAACUAUGGGUAAUCUUGAAAACAAGAUGAAAUGGUUGCAGAGAGUGUAUACAUGA